AUGGGACCGGAUAGAAAAACUCGAACGAGGGACGGCUCCUGGUUUGCUUUUUAUGUGGCUGUUCUGCUGCUUUUCGGGAAACAGGCCUUUGGUCAGAUAAGAUACUCUGUUCCAGAGGAGGUGAAAGAAGGGACUGUUGUUGGAAAUGUUGCGAAGGACCUUGGGCUUGACAUUACUUCUUUGAUUGACCGACGGUUCCGCGUUGUGUCUGGAAGUGAAGACGCUAUUUUUGAAGUAAACCAGAAUAAUGGGGCAUUAUACGUACAUAAUCAUAUCGACAGAGAGGAGCUGUGUCAAGGCAGCGGUGCCUGCCUGAUGGAGCUGAAGAUCCUUGUUGAAAACCCGUUGGAAAUACAUUAUGUAGUUGUAGAAAUUACUGAUGUAAACGACCAUUCUCCUAGUUUUCCGGAAAAGGAACAGACCUUUGAAAUUGCAGAACAUACGUUGCCAGGAAGGCGAUUUCAGCUGCACAUUGCUCGUGACCCCGACGCUGGAAUUAAUUCUAUUCGUACAUACACUUUAACGUUAAAUGAACAUUUUGAAGUAAAUGUCCGUCAAAGUGAUGCGGGUAAGAUACCUUUUUUAGUUCUAAAGAAGUCGUUAGACAGAGAAAACAAUAACAAACACACACUGCUGGUAACAGCAGUUGAUGGAGGUAAACCUCCAAAAUCAGGCACAUUGAAUGUUUCUAUUAUUGUUCUUGACAGUAAUGAUAAUCGUCCAAUAUUUGCUCAAGAAAGCUACCAAACUGAAAUAGAAGAAAACAUUCCAGUAGGCACUUCAAUAUUUAAAAUGAAUGCGACGGAUCCAGAUGAAGGAACGAAUGGAGAAAUUGAAUACAGCCUUGGUAAAACCUUAACGCGUAAAGUCUAUGACAUUUUUGAACUCGACAAAGUAACUGGAGAGAUUAGAGUAAAAGGAGUUGUGGACUAUGAAGAAAACGACGUUUAUGAAUUGGACGUUGAGGCAUCCGAUAAAGGAACACCUCCACUGACAGGUGAGUGUAGGGUCAUUAUAAAGAUAAAAGACGUCAAUGAUAAUCCCCCAGAAAUAGAGGUGACAUCACUGUCAGACACAGUGUCUGAAGACUCAAAGCCUGGUACAGUUAUUUCACUUCUUAGUGUGCGGGAUAAAGACUCUGGUGUUAAUGGAAAAAUUAUUUCAAGCAUAACAAAUGACGUCCCUUUUGAAUUGAAACCCUCCUAUAAAGAGAACACAUAUUCAGUUGUCACUAAAGGAUUUUUAGAUCGAGAGGAGGUGCCGCAUUAUGAGAUAACAGUAAAAGCCACCGAUUGUGGUGAACCCCCCUUAUCCUCUUUUAAAACUCUGAACAUUCGCAUAUCAGAUGUAAACGACAAUAGUCCACAUUUCGAACAAACCACUUUAGAGUUUUACCUGUCAGAAAAUAAUAUUGCUGGAAAGUCGAUAUUCUCUGUUAGUGCAACGGACAAGGACUUGAAUGACAAUGCAGCUGUUUCAUAUCACAUUGUGAGAGAAGGGAGUCAGAAUGACAUUUUGUCUUUCCUAAAUGUCAAUCCUGAUAAUGGACAAAUAUCCGCGCUAAAAAGUUUUGACUUUGAAACAUUGAAAACUUUCCAGUUCCACGUUGUUGCGUCAGAUUCUGGAACUCCGUCACUGAGCAGCAACGUCACAGUCAACGUGUUCAUUCUGGAUCAGAACGACAACGCUCCAGUCAUCCUCUAUCCACUCAGCUCUAACGGUUCUGCUGAAGGUGUGGAGGAGAUUCCCCGCAAUGUCAACGCAGGACACUUGGUGACUAAAGUCAGAGCCUAUGACGCUGAUAUAGGAUAUAACGGCUGGUUACUUUUUUCACUGCAGGAAGUUACUGACCACAGUCUCUUUGCUUUGGACCGCUACACAGGACAGAUCAGAACACUUCGCUCAUUCACAGAGACAGACGAGGCUGAGCACAAACUGCUCGUACUGGUCAAAGACAAUGGCAACGUCUCACUCUCAGCAACAGCUACUGUCAUUGUCAAAGUUGUGGAGCCCAAAGAGGCUUUUUCGGCUUCUGAUGUUAAAAGUUCAGCAAAAGUCGACGAGGAUGAUAACGUGACUUUUUACCUGAUGAUAACUUUGGGCUCAGUGUCUGUGCUUUUUCUCAUCAGUAUCAUUGUGCUGAUUGCAAUGCAGUGCUCAAAGUCCACUGACUAUACUUCUAAAUAUCUACAAGAGACUAAUUAUGAUGGGACACUGUGUCACAGCAUCCAGUACAGAUCUGGAGACAAACGCUACAUGUUAGUUGGACCCAGAAUGAGUAUAGGAUCUACUAUAGUCCCUGGCAGCCACGCGAAUACACUAGUGCUUCCUGACAGGAGGAGAACAUCUGAAGAGGUAAGACGUUAA